GAAAUGAGUUCAAAGUGCCAUUGAAAGCUCAUAUUUGACAACAAAAAAGUGUCACAGAAGAGUUAAAGUUUAGUGAUAAGAUAUUCCAUCUUCACUUUAUAUCAUACAAGCCGAGAGUUUUGACGUCGAGUUAAUUCUUUGAACACACAAGCUGAAAGCAAAGCCAUGGUCAAGCGCAAACGAGAAGACAGAGACACGGAUUUGAAAGAUGCAAGCCAAUGUCACCCCAAAAUGGCAUCACUUAUUGGUAUGACAUCAAGACUAACAACGCCCUCUGUUUUAUCAGCAGCGGAAACGGAACUACGAACAGUUAUGGACGAUUUUGUAACGGUAUAUGAAAGAUUGGACCAAGAAGACAAAGCGGAUAAGAAACCAAAUUACUCUUAUACUGAAAUGAUAUACCUUUCGAUUCUUCGAUCACCAAACUUUUGUUUACCGAUAACAGAAAUAUAUAAAUAUAUAAAAAAUAGAUUUUCGUACUUCCGGAGUUCUGCUCGGAAACAUUGGUGUAAUGCUGUCCGCCAUAGUCUUUCAAAAACAAAAUGUUUCACAAAGAUUGCCAUUGGUAGGGGAUCAAGUGGCAACCAUAAUCUCAACCGAUCAACUUAUUUAUGGUGCAUAGUUCCAGGAAGCAUAGUUAAUUUUGCAAGAGGAGACUAUCGUCCAAACGUAGAUACAGAAAGUGGGACAAACACCCUUCGAUGGGGAUAUUUCCGUGUAAAUGCGGGACAAUUUUGGGAUCAGGUAGCUGUGUAUUUAGAGAAGAAAAUGGAAAUUUUUCAGCAAAUGAUACUUGCAACUCAGUCACCUGGAAAAGUGUUGGAGGCACAAGCUUGUUUUAUCCCAGGUUUAGCAUCGACUGUUCACAUUAUGAAUUCAUCACAGACCAACACACCAACAAUUGUUACUAACCAAGAAUCAGCGGAUAAUCCCUUUGUUACAAAACAAGAUAUACCAACACGUACUGUUCAUUAUGGACCGAAUUUAUCUGAUAGUGGAAUUUUAGACCAAAGCCUACCAAAAGUGCCGAGACGGAUAGGUAAUAACAGUAGAGACAGUGGAAAUGAAAGCUUUUCUGACUCAAGCCCAGAGGAAAAACGACAGAAACAAAAUAGUUUGCCAAACAAAGGAUGUGGAUUGAAUGCUUCGUAUUUAACAGUCAAUUCAUCGAUACUCGACGAUACACGGAAAACUCCAGAGCUUCCCGAUUUGGGACAUGUCAGUCCUUUAUCGAUUUCACCGUCAUUAUCGCCGAUAACAGGAAAUGUAACUUAUAACAAUGAGACAUUUGCAGGAUCUUCAUUUUCAUCCACAUUUCCAUCGAUUCCAGCAUCGUUUGCGUCGACACCAGUUGUCACUUCGUUUUCACAGCAGCGUUUUUCUCAAGCUCAAUCUGUGUACACACACUCAUUUUCACCACCACUGUUUCCUUCAUUAUCGCCGCCAACAUUUCAAGUUUCAAUGGAGAGUCCUACUUGCUAUCCACAGUUUGCCCAAACAAAUUCUAAACCACUGACAUUGCCCUAUUUACAAUCAUCAAUGAAUAGCCCAAUGAACACUCAACAUAAUAUGUUUUUACCACGUGCUUAUUCGCAACCGCCAUUGUAUAUUCCACAUCAAGUACCAGCCGGAAGCUACGAUUUUGGACAAUUUCCGGUACCUCCUAUAUCUCAUACACCAUAUCAGUAUGAUUCGUACGGAUGUCAAUCAUCUGAAAAUCAGAUAAACUAUUUGCAGUUGUCCUCACAGAAUAAGUUCGAGCAGUGUUCUGGGCAAACAUUAGCUUCAGUUAAUUGGAAUGCAACUUGACAUACAAGACAGGAAACCCAAAACACGUUAUAGUGCUAAGUUUUAGUUAUGUUAUGAAUUUUAUUUGUAAAUAGAAUUUUUAUGGAUCGAAAAUGUUUUAUGGAAAGAAGUUUUUAUAUACUAUACAUUUGGUGUACAUGUACUAAUUCAAUUUUAUGUAUUAUAGUGUACAUUUUAUAUACAGUGUACGUGUACUACAAGUUGUUUUAACGUCUUAAUGCCAUUAAACAAUUUCAGCUCAUUUU